GUGGAGCUAGGCCCCCGUCGCUGACCAGUGUGUUUUUAUCUGCGGACUUCGUCUCUUGAUCGAUCGUCUGCCUGGCACAGAUAAUGUGAGAUUCUAUCCGGCGAAGGGAGUUAUGGGUGAAUUUGAAGGAUCAAUGGAGCACGAGAAGGACAAGCCAGCGGAGGUGGAUGAGGUGGCAGAGAAAUCUAGCAAGACGCGGAGGAAGCCUAUGACGGUCCGCGACGAAAGUUUGGAUAAGCUCGAGGAAGCGCACAAUCAAAUCCACCCUCCGCCCGAGGAACUGGCGAAGAAAGUCGGCGGAUUGGACAAGGAAGGGCGCGCGGAAGGCGUGAUGGGAGAAUAUCAGCCAUAGGAUUAAAAAAAAGACUGAAGGGACGACACAGUGAUUAGUCGUAGUAGUAGUAGUAGACACAAUGUUGUCGUGGCCGCAACAUGAGAAGGUGGCCAGCUCUUUGACGACGGUAUCGAUCGUCGUAGUUGUUGUUGCUGUAGGAGUCGACCGAGCAAGCCUCGAGUAGACACACAGGACUUGUUAACAGAAUGUCAUGGCCUCGAGCAGGGCUGGUACUUUCUUCGAACUUUUGCCUGGUGUUUACUAUAUAUGUUGAUAUGCAGUAGUUUUUUUUUUUUUUUUUUUUUUUUUUUCAAGAAUAGCCGUUGUGUAAAACCCUCUAUCCCGGCAGUGGUAAGAGAACAGUCAGGAUCGAGGGUUUCUCGGUCAGGCUGCUCGCAUCUAUUGGUGGGGAGCGGCAUCUGCACUAGUUGGUGUUGUAGUAGGACUUGUUAACAGAAUGUUAUGGCCGCGAGCAGGACUGGUAUUUUCGCCGAACUUUCACCGAAUUUUCACCAUGUUGAGAAUACUUGAUAUGCACUAGCUAAGUGCAUAUGCUGAAAGUUCCCGACCAAAUGUAGCAGCGGCAUGAAAAUGACAUAUGUAUUAUUACCUGAGAAGAUGCCCCCCAUUAAACU